CAAGAUUAUUAACAUUGAUCUCUGAUAUCGGUAAACAAGAUAAAGUGCCGCUAUUUAAUAAGAUUGUGUGGUUUAACGCAAAUACACUUCCGCAAACUGGCAUUUAUGAAAAAUAAUUGAAUAGAGAUAUGAGUAGCGUAACAUUGGGCGAUUGAAUUAUUAUAUUCUUUUCCGGAUAUUAGAAACCAUCGAGUAUAUGUAAAAGAAGGAAAGAAAGAGAGAGAGGUAGUUGCAACAACACGUAGUAACCUGAAUCAAUUAACAAUCCAGAGAGAUGUGUAAGAAAGUUUAUUUCUGUCGUUGUACAGUGCCACAGUUCUGUGGCCACGGACGACAAGGUUUCACUGGAAUGCCCCACUCGAUGUUACGGCACUGCGCCUUGUGAAAUGCGGCGGCCCCGCAGCGAGAAAAACGGGGGCCCGGCUGAGCGCAUUAGCUCUCGGGAGUGCAAUAUCGCUAGUAUGCUCAGGAUUUCGUAACGAAAAUAAGUGUCCAUGCGGCCAAUAUUUAUCCUAGUCUUUCGCAAAACUAUGCUUCCGUGCUUUAAUCCGAUUGUUAACAGCUGGAACGUGAGUAUACCACGCGAUCGUUCGGAGUUACAGCAUAAACCGAGGACGUCGACUCUUUAAUACCGAGACGAAGCCAAGGUUGUUCGCGAACACGAAUACGGGAUUCGUUCGAUGUGUUCAGAUAAUUUAACUCUAAAGAUCUUGUCAGGAUUGUUCGAAUUCUCGUAAUUACAAUUUCAUUAAAAGUGGUAGAGUAUGUUGCACUGAACGAUAUACAAGACACCGCGGAGGACAAGGCGUGUAAAAUAUUGGAUAAAAGGGAAGUUUAGAGAAAUUUAUAAGGUGACAGUGAUACGAAGAGAAAUCUUAGCAAGAGAAAGAAAAGGAAAAGGGGAGAAGUUUGAUAGACGGUAAGAGAGAGCAGGAGAGCAAGAGAAAGAGAGACCGUACGGCGACCCAGAUUUUAGCGGGUCGAACGAGGCAGGUCGACACGAAGAAGUCACGGUGGACUUUCUGAAAUGGGACACAGCGCAGCCUGGAGCUAAAUUAGCCGCGAUGUCCAAUAAGAGUAAGUCCCAGCCGCAGCAGCAGCAGCAUCCUUCGCACGUGAUCAAGUCGACAGUGGAGCAAGUGCCACCGCGAUAUCAGCCACCACCGCAGCCAACCAGCGGUAUCCUCAAGAAUCAUCCUCAUUUUGGUACAGGCCCUUCUGUGCCAACCUCGGUGUCUACCACUGGUCAAGGUCCCGUCGCGACCUUGAAUCAUCAUCAACCCGUCCAAUCACGACCUGUGCCGCAACAGAAGGAUGUGCAGAGUAAAUAUUCACCGAGGAUAGAGCAUCGACAUCAUCCUCAAGGCGGAAACACUUUGACUGCAUCCGUCCCUAAAACACAGCCUCAUAGCUACCUUCAGGCCAAGGUCGGCCAAGGUCAGUACCUGCCACCUAACGGUCAAUAUCCCACGGUAAACACUGCACAGACACCGCCGCUUAGACAAAGGAUCACCGACGACGAGUUUCUAAGGCUCGGUCCUGUGGAGAUGCUCAAAUUUGUUCGGAAGACCGAGAGCGAUAUCGCAAGGCUCGCCGCCGAGCAGAAUCGACAGAUACAAAGCUUGCUUAGCGAGCUUCGGGCACUGAAAGAAGCAAACCAAAGAUUAAGCGAUGAUAAUCAAGAGCUGCGAGAUCUUUGUUGCUUUCUGGACGAUGAUCGACAGAAGGGUCGAAAGUUAGCGAGGGAAUGGCAAAGAUUCGGAAGAUAUACGGCGAGUGUUAUGCGUCAGGAAGUAUCCGCUUAUCAGAAUAAAUUGCGUCAAUUGGACAACAAACAGCAAGAGUUGAUCAAAGAUAAUUUAGAGCUAAAGGAACUUUGCCUUUAUUUGGAUGAAGAGAGAGGAGGUGGUCAAAGAGAUGAUGGAGAUGGUUCAAGUUCAAGUACGAAUGCCGAAGAAACCGCGCCCCCGAGACCAAGGCAUGCAUCUACGUUUAAUGACCAAACUAUGCAGUACGUAAGGAGUUUAGAACAACGGGUAAAGCAGCUUGAAGAAGAUAAGAGUCUUUUACAAGCAAGAGCGCAGGGUUGGGAAGUACCACCUGGUGAAACCUGGGAAAGUCAAAACAGCCCAGGCGAAAAUCCUCACAUAGGAGGUCGACCAGAAGCAGUGGUACGAGCUCUUCAGGUUCUCGAAGUUAGAGAACAACUAGAACGAGAAGGCGGUCACGACGGGGAAAAGGCAUUGGUUAGAGAAAUGUGCAAUGUUGUUUGGCGGAAAUUGGAAGAAGGUCCACAAACGAGGCAUUGAUAAUCGUACUGUAAGCGCGAUUAAUUAAACUAUAGUGUAGCCGUUGCGAAAUCUGUUAAUUCAGAUAUCGUAUUUAAUAGUAUUAUAGUGUUUAAUGCGAAUGUUAUGAAUUUUACGUAUGUACCUACAACUAUUUCGAUGUAAGAAUCAAUGUGCCUAGUUUACAGUAUUUAUAUGAACAUUGUAGAGUCGUUAGGUUGCCAACAUAAAUUAACAAACUUUAUUUUUAUUAUAAAUUUACAAUGAUUUAUUUUUUCCUAUCCCAAAAAUCCCAUCCUUUAAAAACUAGUAAACGGCUGGUCUGUAACACAUACUGUUAUUAAAAAAAA